AUGUGGUGAGAGCAUCGAGAAAAACGAGCCAAGGAAAAGCACUCCUAUGAAAAACGUUCGAAAGAAAAGGCAGCUUUUGAGAAGAGCACAAGAUUGAAGCAAGAUUGGAAAGAGAACUAUACUGAAACAAAAGAACAAAUCGAACGACUAAAACAACAAAUUGCGGAAGAGGAAUCGUAUAGGAAAACGGAAAAGGCGGAGCGACAAGAGGAUCGAGCGAAAAAUCAUGUAAAAAGCCCCGAGGAGAAAGGAGGAGAAAGAAGCGAGGAGAAAGUGCAACAGAGGAAUGUUAUCGAUGCUGUGAGCAAUGAAGUAGCAAUGCUGACAUACGAGGAAGGGAACGCCGUUCAAAAAGAGGCAACAAAUAAGAAUGACCCGUUUAAAACCACUCGCUCCAAAAGUAUGGUGGAAAUAAGAAAACCAAAAAAGUUUGAAACUUCCUCUGCGUCGACGUCAAAACGUGAUGUGGUUCCGGAACCGGUGCAGAACUUUGUGCCGCAAAUCACUGUUCCGCGGCCUUUUAAUGUGUCCAUAAGAAAACCCAUAGUCAAUACAUAUUCAACAAAAUUUGUCGAAGAAAUGGUCUCAAAAAAGAAACAAGAAGAGGAAGAGGAGGAAAAUCAGGCAAGCAAACCUAAGCAAAAACCCAUAGUCAAUACAUAUUCAACAAAAUUUGUUGAAGAAAUGGUCUCAAAAAAGAAACAAGAAGAGGAAGAGGAGGAAAAUCAGGCAAGCAAACCUAAGCAAACGAAAUAUGUGAAGAAUGAAGCGAAGGAAAAGGUCGUAAUACGUUCCACUCAUUCGUCAAAAAUUCGAAUGGAAGCAAUCAGACAAAGAGAGCAAAAACUAUACGAGGAACGCCACAAAUCAGAGAAGUUUUGGGAAGAGAGGAGGGAUGAAAUGGAUAUGAGUCGAGUGAAACUGUUGUCAUCGAUCGGAUCGCUUGGAAACAUCCACGAAGAAAUUGAGAGAAAGACUGCAGAGAAAAGGAGACAUACGAUGGAAACUGCAAAGGAUUACGAAAAAUAUCUUGCCGAAAUGCAACAAAGGUUUGAAAUCAAAUUUAACUUCAAAUAUGAUCAAUCUUCUAUACGUUUCGCACAGGAUCAUCGAUAGAC